UAAAUAGGACGACGCGUGGAAAAUAUACUUUGAAUACCCGGCCCGAGAAAUAGUAGACGAGUUUGCGAUGAGAUAUGGCAUCGAAUCGAUAUACCAGGCCAUGACGCACUUCCACUGUCUGUCCACGAAAUACCUGUGUCAGGGGGUUCCGGCUGUGAUGAGUACUCUGUUAGCCAACAUCAACGCAUACUAUGCCCAUACGGCCGCCUCCUCUGCCGUAUCAGCCAGUGAUCGCUUCGCCGCAUCUAAUUUUGGGAAAGAAAAAUUUGUCAAACUCUUGGAUCAGUUGCAUAAUUCACUGCGGAUAGACUUGUCUAUGUAUAGGAAUAACUUUCCGGCGUCAACACCUGAGAAACUACAGGAUCUCAAAUCAACGGUUGAUUUGUUAACAAGUAUUACAUUUUUCCGGAUGAAAGUCCAGGAGCUGUCGAGUCCUCCCCGAGCGAGUACUGUCGUGAAGGACUGCGCCAAAGCCUGUCUCCGAUCGACGUAUCAAUUCUUGUUUGAGAACUGCACUGAACUCUACGGACGGGAAUUCCAAACGGAUCCCAACGAGAAGAAAGAGGGUCAGGAAGAUCACGGACCCAGCCUUCAGAACCUUGACUUCUGGCAUAAAUUGGUCGCUCUUAUGGUGUCCGUCAUAGAAGAGGACAAAAAUAGUUAUUCUCCAGUUUUAAACCAAUUUCCUCAAGAGUUAAACAUCGGGCACUUGAGUGCGGCCACGAUGUGGAGUCUGUUCGCAGUGGACAUGAAGUACGCCCUCGAAGAACACGAACAAAACAGAUUCUGCAGGAGUUCCGCGUAUAUGAACCUCCACUUCAAAGUCAAAUGGUUUUACAAUACCUAUUGUAAAGAUGUGCCACAAUUCAAAGGAUCAGUUCCUGAAUAUCCUGCAUGGUUUGAACCAUUUGUGAUGCAAUGGCUCAAUGAGAACGACGACGUCUCCUUAGAAUACCUAAACAGUGCCUUUUUGAGGGAUAAAAAGGAUGGGUUCCAGCAAAGCUCAGAACAUUCCCUGUUCUCCAACUCAGUGGUCGAUGUAUUCACUCAAUUGACUCAAUGCUUUGAUGUGAUCAGUAAACUCGAGUGUCCGGACCCUGAGAUUGUUAAGCGAUAUAUGAAACGAUUUGCUAAGACUAUAGUAAAAGUAUUAACAGCUUAUGCCGACAUCGUUAAGAAGGAGUUCCAUAACUAUGUGGGACAAGAGAAAACUGCCUGUAUAUUAAUGAAUAAUAUCCAACAAUUGAGAGUUCAAUUGGAAAAGAUGUUUGAAUCGAUGGGAGGAGAAAAACUGGAAUCGGAUGCGGCAAACAUUCUCAAAGAGUUACAGCAAACCUUAAAUGGAGUUCUCGACGAAUUGAGUGCAAUAUUUGCCAAAAGUUUGGAGGGAACUAUAAAACAAAGUGUUCAUGAAUUGGGAAGUUUAUUGACAGGAAUAAAGGGUUCAUCCGGCAGUUCAAACCAAGCGAAUCAAGCGCUUCGUAACAGUCAAGAGGUGGCCGCCGAUGCCGACCAUAUAUUGCAUCCACUGAUGGAUCUAUUGGAUGGAAAGCUCUCAAUGUUUGCUCAAUUCUGUGAACGAACUUCGCUUCAGUUCGAGAAGAAUUUGAGUCCAAAACAGUGUGCAGUUCUUGACAUUGCUUUGGAGACAAUUAAGCAAUACUUUCACGCGGGAGGCAAUGGUCUGAAGAAGACUUUCUUAGAAAAGAGUAGUGAAUUGCAAUCAUUGCGAUACGCGCUGUCCUUAUAUACACAAACCACUGACGCUUUAAUCAAAACUUUUGUCACCUCUCAGACCAAACAAGAUUUGCCGACACAAGAAGAUGGCCCGGUAGGUGAUGUGUCCAUUCAAGUGGACUUAUUCACACACCCGGGAACGGGUGAACAUAAGAUUACUGUUAAAGUGGUGGCCUGUAAUGAGCUCAAGUGGCCCAACACCAGUAUGUUUAGGCCGUUCGUUGAGGUGAAUAUGAUUGGUCCACAUCUGAGCGAUAAGAAGAGGAAGUUUGCGACCAAAUCCAAGAACAACAACUGGUCGCCCAAAUACAAUGAAACCUUCCAUUUCAUAAUAGGCAACGAAGAGGAGCCGACAUCCUUUGAAUUGCAUAUUGGGGUCAAAGACUACUGCUUUGCCAGAGACGACCGACUGGUGGGGGCGGCUAUCAUGCAGUUGAGGGACAUCAUAGAGCAGGGAAGCUGUGCCUGUUGGCUGCCAUUGGGCCGACGGGUGCACAUGGAUGAGACGGGUUGGACUAUAUUGCGAAUCCUAUCGCAACGGUCCAAUGAUGAAGUGGCCAGGGAGUUUGUCAAACUCAAGUCCGACGUGAGGAAUGACAGCGACAUCGCACAGUCAGCACAACCAAACCCAACACAACCACAAUAAGCCCUCAAUAUAUGGUUUAUUACUACAGAAUAUGUGGUUUAUUACUACAGAAUUUGUAUUCAUAUAACAAUAAGUCAUUGAGUGUCUGAUUGAUGCCAUUAACCAUUUGUCACAUACUAUUCAUUACGACUUCAACAUACAGAAGAAAUAUCGCAUAAAUUGUUUCAAUUUGUUAUGACUUUAUAAGUAAAAUAAUGUUUAUAUUAAUUAGAGUAAUAAACUCGUAUUGUAUUCAAUUAGAUUGAGUUGAAUAUAAAUAGCGAUUUGUUUGUUAUAAUGAGAUGAUAGUGAGAAAUGAACACAUAAUACAAAAUACAAUUAUAUUCAUCGCAAUCGUCAAUACGAGUGAAGAGAUGACAAAUUCCGACAAUAAUUGAGUUUAUAUUAUAUAUUGAAAACCCAUUUCUUAUCUUUUUUAUUAUGAGUUAUAUUUUUAUAAAAGUUAUAAAAAGACCAAUAAUUUGCAAAUUUAUGCACAUUUUUAAUAUUGUAUGUAAUUAUCUCUCAAACAAAUAUUGUUAACCAAAGGUCUUUCCUGAUGUGUAAGGGGUGUCCAAUAGUAAUAAUCUUGCACCGACAGAUAAUGUGAGUGCCAACCCCUGCAUUAUAUCAAUUCAUUACCACAAAUAACUUGUUUACCAAUAAAGCAACUUUAAGAGCAUAUCAUUUAAGUGAAUAUAACUUAAACCAAUACCAACUUUGAUUUGUUAACAAAUGUUAUGUUUGUGUGAAAAGUACCCAAAUUUUAUAUUUACGCUAUUCAUUUCGAAAAUUUAUUAUUUGACUACAGAAUAUUAUCAUUUAUUGUUAUUAUUCCUAUUAAUUAUAUGAAAUACAGUAUAUUUAUGACACUUAUUGUUGAAUAAUCUCUUACGAGAAACGCCUAAAGCCUUCACAUUCUAAGGGAAACCUCUAUUUGUUAUUCAUAAGUGUGACUCAUAUAUAAUAUUAUGAUAUAUUAUAUUAUAUUUCAAAUUUUUAUCAAUU